UAGUGCUAAUCAGUAGUUGAGUUUAGCAUUCAUUAAUUUUCACAUAAUGCGUCUCUCGUACAUUGUUUUGCUUGUCUGUACAUUUGCCCUGGCUAAGGCCGGCACGUGGCGUCAGUCACAGGACUAUAAUACGAGUGACGAGGAGGUCCGGCCAAGCUGGACUCAUAGGCACUCUGAGAUGUGGCCCUGUGAUGUCGCUGAUUAUCCAGAAGCCUAUCUGCUGAUACACAAAGUUGAGAAGCGUCUGGAGCGCAUAGACAACGAGCAACUAAAAACCAGAAUUGUGGACUAUGUGGUGGGCCAGCUGAGAGAAUGUAAGACAGGCAAUGACAUGGACGAGCACUGUGUCAAACGCUCCAUUGGCUAUGCCAUGUCCUUUAUAAACCGCAACAAAAGGCAACAGCUGUAAUGUAAUGUAAAAUAAACAAGAAACUUCUUAUAUAUCAAAAUAAAUGAAUACAUAACAUAGAAACCAAACUGUAAUUAAUAAAGUUACUAGUGUGUCGUCUAGCCGGUUAUUUGGGUAA